CGCGGUAGGAGCUCGCCCGAUCCGCGUCCAGCAUUACAGAGCACCACUUGCGAGCAGCAAUUAGCCAUGGGCCAGACACGCGUGGCAGCAACAACAGCGGCGCAAUCUCCCGCGGCGGAACUUUCGCCAGAAACAAAUGGCCAGACGGAGGAGCCCCUGCAGCUGCUGGGCGAGGACAGCUGGGAGGAGUUCUCCAUCGCCGUGCCCUGGGGCACCGUUGAGGCCAAGUGGUGGGGCUCGAAGGAGAGGCAGCCCAUCAUCGCCCUGCACGGCUGGCAGGACAACUGCGGCAGCUUCGACAGGCUGUGCCCCCUGCUACCGGCGGACACCUCCAUCCUGGCCAUCGAUCUGCCCGGGCACGGCAAGUCGUCGCACUAUCCGAUGGGCAUGCAGUACUUCAUCUUCUGGGACGGCAUAUGCCUGAUUCGCCGGAUAGUCCGCAAGUACAACUGGAAGAACGUCACCCUGCUCGGCCACUCGCUGGGCGGAGCUCUGACCUUCAUGUACGCGGCCAGCUUUCCCACGGAGGUGGAGAAACUGAUCAACAUCGAUAUCGCGGGUCCCACGGUGCGCAGCACCCAGCGGAUGGCGGAGGGCACUGGCAGGGCGCUGGACAAGUUCCUGGACUACGAAACCCUGCCGGAGAGCAAGCAGCCCUGCUACUCGUACGACGAGAUGAUCAAACUGGUGCUGGACGCGUACGAUGGCUCCGUGGAUGAGCCCUCGGUUCGGGUGCUGAUGAACAGGGGAAUGAGGCACAAUCCGAGCAAGGAUGGCUACCUCUUUGCCAGGGAUCUGCGGCUGAAAGUAAGCCUGCUGGGCAUGUUCACCGCCGAGCAGACCUUGGCCUACGCGCGCCAGAUUCGCUGUCGCGUGCUCAACAUUCGGGGCAUUCCCGGCAUGAAGUUCGAGACGCCCCAGGUGUAUGCGGAUGUGAUUGCCACGCUGCGGGAGAAUGCCGCGAAGGUGGUCUACGUUGAGGUGCCCGGCACCCAUCAUCUCCACCUGGUCACCCCGGAUCUAGUGGCGCCCCACAUCAACCGAUUCCUGAAGGAGGCGUGAGCUUCCAUCCGGACUGCGUAGGAAAUUACUUAAGUAGACGGCUAGGUAGAGAGUACUGUGUGUGUAUAUAGUUAGUGUAUUUCAUCCCACUUGUGAUGUACAGUGAUCAAAGGUAUGUGCCCGAUUUGCACGGAUCUAAAUGUUAUGGCAGAUAAUAAACACAAAUUUAUGACCAAACAA